AUGCGUGUUCUUGUCCACACACUUCUUCACCAAAUUGUUCGCUGUUCAUCCGAUAUAGCAAUCGUCAGAAGAUUCCUUUACAGUCUUCUGGAAGGCGUUUCUCAGGAAUGGGGCUUGAAAGGUGAAGAACCUCCACAGGCGAUCAUUAAGAAGCUGCUCGAAGUUUCAAACGACGACCUUUGGGAUGCUCUAAGGACAGUUCUAGAUUGUGAACAGAGUCGGGAGCUGUCGAUCGUCGUCGAUGGACUAGACUGUGUCCAGCACCAGCGGGGCGAAUUCAUCCGUGCAGUUCGUUCGUUCGUCAAGCAUCUACAGCAACGGCUGUCGAAGGUCAUGGUACUGCUCACAAGCCAGAAACAAGCUGACGUCAAAGAGGCAUUUGAAGGACUCCCGUGUAUUGAAUAUGAUAAAGAAAGACUAGAGUGCCUUUCUAGCCUUAAUUUCGAUAAUACGCGUUUGAGCAAGAUCUCGAAAGAGCACAAAGGCUCCUGCGAUUGGCUCUGGGAACGCCCAGAGUACCUAGACUGGUCAACAUCACCUCGCUCCUGCCUGUUACUGAUAGAGGGAAAACCUGGCAGCGGCAAGAGCACUCUUACAAAAUAUUUCUCCAACAAUCUCGAGAAACGGAGGCCAGCUGCAGAGUCUGCUAUUGUGGCCAGGUUCUUUUACAGCUACAGAGAGGGUGAGCUUCAACGAAGUCACUGCAGCAUGCUGCGGUCGGUUCUCUACGAUGUUCUGCGCCGUGACCAGACGUUCUUUUACCACCGCUUUCAGACUGAGUAUCGAGCCCAACCUCGCCGUGGGCUUCUCGUUGAGUGGGAUUACGAUUCAUUGAAGGCAAUUCUCAAGUCAUUACAGGACCAAUCGCCAGCGAAACCGCUGUAUCUAAUCAUUGAUGCAGUGGAUGAAUCUGAGGAUAGGGACAGACGCGAUGUUCUCAAUAUAUUAUUCGAACUUUGCUCCGAGACGAAAUGCCGCACCAUGAAGGCAUUCGUUGCCAGUCGCCCAGUAGGAGAGAUCGAACUCCGCAGAAGCCGAGUUCAGAAUUCCAUAAAGUUGCAAGAUGUGACGAAAUCCGCCAUUUCCAGUUUCGCUUGCUCCUUCCUCAAGGAUCUCCAAUUUACACGUCUCUUUGAUCAGGCAACGGAAUAUAUCGUUGAAAACGCUCAGGGGGUCUUCCUCUGGGUAGAUCUAGUUGGAAGGGCACUGCUAGACCGCGCGGAGAGGGGUUCUUCUGAGGACGACAUCUUUGGAUUCCUUAGAAGCCUCCCAAAGGAUCUGAAAGACUUUUACAGGCACAUGUUUAAGAAAAUGAUCUUGGAAAUGAGGAGAGAAGAGAAAGAUAUUCGGGAUGGGAUUAAGAUGUUCCGGUUCGUCCUCUACGCACGCCGUUCUCUUACGGUUAGCGAACUACUCCAUGCUCUUGGCGUUCCGGAUGAUCCUAACACGGCAUUCCCUCCUUUGGAUGAUUCUUUUGAAAGAUUUAUCCCUUCCAAGCAACGCAUCCACUUUUGCGGUGGCAACUUCUUAGAAAGCAAGCCACAUAAUAGAAAUGAGAUAGUCCAGGUCAUGCAUCAAACGGUCCGCGAGUUUUUCCUCCAUCCUGAUGGAGACGUACCGCCGUCUGAGUUCGGGAUGUGCGAGAAGGAUUCCCACAUUUGUAUUUCAAUAAUUUGUAUCCGGUAUCUGAUGCUUUGUGCCACAAAUACGAACAGACUGCUGCCGGAUGUCAAAUCUUGGACUUCAGAGCAUUUUGAAGAUUAUGCCCAAUCCUUACACCAAAGGCCACUGGCAAACUACGCGCUGUGCCAUCUCAAAUAUCACAUCGACGGC